AUUAUUUGUUUGCAAAUUAAUCAAAUCACUAAAAUAGCAAAAAAAAAAAAAAUAAACUAAUUCAAAUUAAAAAAAAACGCAAUUAGUAAAUGAGUGAAAUAAUUACAACAAUUGCAAUAUUGGCAAUUGGAACAAAUCCAAUGUUUUUAAAAACUAAUUUAAAACAACAACUCAACAGUUGCAACAUUAAUUAUCAUUAUACAACAACAAAAAGUGAUUUUUAAGUGAGUGUGACCUCAACGUUAAUUAUCACCAAGAAAAAGGAGUAAAACAUAAUGAAAACAGCAGCAUAAUGUUUCAAUUUAUACUGACAAUGGUUGUUAUAUAACCCAGUUGGCCGUGUAUUUGCAGGCAGCAAGUUUACAACAAAAGAUUGUGUUCUAUAGUUGGAAAAGAAAAGCCAGACAGACAGACAAAAGGCCUCUUUCGUUUUGAGCGAGAGCAGCAUCGUGUUGAGUGACAGAAACAAUAAAACAUUAAAGACAACGAGACAAAUUUUUUUUGUUACGAAAUUGUUUUAAAAAAGCUGCCAUUAUGAUACCAACAACCGCCACAAGUUCUUCACCACCCAUUGCCUCCGUUGGCAGCAUUGGUAAUCAAUUAAAUAAUUCACCCCCUAUAGCCGGUAGUGCCAAUGCCAGCAAUGGCACCAGCGCAGCCGCUGCUGGAACAGGACAAGGAAAUAUAAGCGCUUUUCUAGGUAUAGCAUCAUUGAUUUUGGAGGGUAGAGCCUUAGCUGAAGAUGAAUAUGCCAUACAGACAACACGUAAUGAGCUUAAAACAUCUUUGGGCGCCAAUACGGGCGACUGUGGUCGACAAUCACCCAAGCCUUCAACAUCAAGAGCGGCUUUUGGCGAAAACUUGGGCAAUUCGAUGGGUCCAAUUGCUACUAGUUCAUUUUCUAUUGAUUUGGCCAAUUAUUUGGGACGUAAAUCGUCAAAUUCUCCCGAUUCGACUACUUCUUCAUUUUUGAGAGACUACUACAGCAGUAGUAGUGAGAGUGCUUCUUCGUCUGUGGAGAGUAAUCAUAGUCGUUGGUCGCAAAAACUAAGUCAAUUGAGACAAGAAUCUCCUAGUGCUCAUCAUCAUGUUUUGGCGGCUAGACAGCGUGUAGCUGUUGAGUGCCCCAGAGGCUCAGAUGCAGAAUAUGUGGCCUUGUCCAUAAAUACCGAUCAUCAUGGUACGCAUGAAGAUAGAAGAGGUGGCGAUUUUGAGAUUAUACGCAGAAUGUCCAUUAAUCAAAUGAAUUUUUAUAAUUCUCCCAAUUCUAUGGGAGGCGGUGGAGGCGUAGUAGGUGGCGGUAGUGCUGGUUCUACCGAAAAUUUCAUGUGCUCUUUACAAUCUCUAGCCAGCAAUACCUGUCUACGUGUUGGCAAUCCCCUAUUAGUCAACAACACUUCUCCACCCAGAUAUUCAAAUAAUAGACAAAUUUCUUCCUCCUCGCCUAGAUUUUCGACACCAACACAACAUCAACAAUUAGAUAUUUCAACUGGUUCGGCCAGCAGUAGUUCUAGCAGUAACACUAGUGGUGUUGUUGGUGCGAUUUCAGCCAAUUCCUGGCACAAUUCUUCAACUCCUCAUCUGGCCAAUAGCGGUAGCAAUAGCAGCUCAAAUAAUAAAGAAUAUUUAUUACGUAAAACAAGUACAACAACCCAACGUAUGGCUAUACCUUCUGCUCAAACGGCCAGCAAUAAUAAAACUAUUAACUCUUCUACGCCCAACCAAAAUUUACAUUCGAAUAUUUUUAGUCGAAAUUCUCUUAUUAUACCUUCGGUUACUACAACAAACUCAAACUCUGGAACAGUAACAACGACACCAUCGACGAUGACAACAUCUCCAUCAUCUAUUGCAAGUCGUCAAAAUCAAACAUACCCGCAACAGGGUCCACACUGUGAUCAGUUCCUUAAAAAAAUGGGACUAGCCAAAGGUGAUGCCUCAGAAACUGAGGAACACCACUGUGAUAUGUCGUACGUUAACAUAACGUGCACACGUUGGCGUGCCUAUUGUAUUAAAAUGGAAAAUAUUUUAGCUCGUGGAGAGCCCAUAUGCAUUGAAGUAUAUUUGGGUCCAGUCGGUAACAAAAUUUUACUGGAACAAUGGAUAAUAACACAAAAAGAAAAACAACCACCGCCUACAAUGACGCUGCCCUCGUUGUGUAGUGCCAUACGCAGUCAAUUGUAUUUUUCGCAAAUCAGUGCCUGGUGUGAUCUUAUUAAGAAAUCGGACAAGACCAUUUAUGAAACCGGUCGCGUUAUCUACACUACACCACAACAAACAACAACAAGUGCAGCUGGCGAUUUGGCAACUACAACAACAGCAAACAAUGCAAUAACUACAGCACCGACAGCAACAUCAACUACCUCAAUGCUGCAACACUCCACAGCCUUAACACCAUCAUUAAAUAGUGGAAAUAUUGGCAAUGUUAUCGGUGUUGGUGGUGGUGGUGGUGGCGGUGUUGUCGGUAUUACAGUAGGAGUAGGGAGUGUUAAAAAACGACCAUCAGCACCACGUUUAAAUAUUUUCUAUCGUAUAAAACAAUACGAUAGCACUGCUUGCUUUAAUUCAAAACCGAAUGUACACAAUUUUCCAAAUGUCAAUAUUACGGAAAAUUGUAGUGUAUCGGUUUGUCUAAAAAGUCUUCCACGUAUUACGGGGGGUAUACCAAAAGUUGGCACAUUAACCGCAACACAACAGCAACAGAAUCCAACAACAACAACAAGUGGGUUGACAACUGCGACAACAGCAACACCACCCGUAAAUUCUGCAACACCAACGUGUUUUGCAGCUAAAAAUAAAACAAAAGCGGCAACAGCGAAAGCAACAACUUCUGCAAACGUUGCAACAGUAGUAGCGGCGUCUGCAUCAACAUUAACAACAAAUGCCAACAACAAAUCAACAAUUUUAAUAAUGAACUGUGAUAAUAAUUUAAAGGAACAUCAGCAACAAAAACAAUUAACUGCCUCCGCCUCUUCUUCACUUUGCUCCUCCUUUGCUGUGAAUGGUAAAAAUUGCAAAAUAUCUGCUGGCCAACAGCAGGAUUUUCAAGAUGCAGAUUUUGAAUUUGAUGAUCAGCACAUAGAUCUGUGUGCCGGUGGUGAUAAUAGCACAAUUUCUUGUGGGGGCAGUGCCAGUGUUGGUGAUUGUGAUAGUUCUAAUUCCUCAUUUAGUACAAACAACUGUGGAAAUCUUUCACAUCGUGAAAAGCAACUUCUCAAAUAUCGUAAACGCAUGUUGAAACGAGAUAAAAAACAACAACUGCGUAAAACCAAUGAAAAUAUUUCCGCAACAAAUCAAAAACAACAAGAAACGGAUAAUGUUAAUAAUAAAAUGGAACAAGGAGAAGAUGAUGAUGAAGUGGAUGAUGAAGGUGAUGAUAGGGUUGGUGAUGUGGAUGAUGAUGAUAAUGGCAAUAAUAGUGAUACCGCCGAUCGUACAGAAAACAAAUGUAGCAUUAAUAGUUUAGCAGCAAAAGGCCAAAGACAACAACAAUUACCAAAUAAUCAUAUAAAUAGCAUUCCUACAAAUCAACAACAACAACAACAGCAUCACCAACAAGUCAAAAUGAUCUCAACUGGUACUCAAACUAUCACCAACACUUGUACAGCUUGUGGUUUUGAAAAGUCAAUGAUAUGUCUUAAGUGUAAUCCUCUAAUAAAAGUUAAUAGUGAUGAAGAAAACAUGGAUGCUGAGACAUCAUCAGCCAGUAGUUUAAGUAGUAGUGAUAUUAUACAUACACCACGUAAUAACGCCGAAUUAUUAUUACAAGCCAUACAACGUACACCGAAGUCAAAUAAGAAACAUAAACAUAAAUCCAAAGACUCAAAUCAAAUGGCUGCCAUAAAACAACCAACAAUAAACAGCAAUAGUAGUAAUAAUAUUAGAAUUUCAUCUAACCAAAACACCAGCACUAUGAAUGGUAAAGGUGGCAACAACAUUAGUACUAGUGGUAAUGGUGUCAUCAAUGGUAUCAGUAGUAAUCUUAACAAUCAAGUGGUUGGCUGUCAGUUAUGCAAACGUCAAAAGACCCAACAUCAUUUUAAUCAGCCAUCAGGAGAGGAAUUAUCUUCAGAAGAUAGUAAUUCUUUCUUGAAUACUUCGGAUAAAAAUAUAAAUGAACAUACGGCUGCUGCUGGUGAUGAUGAUGCCGAUGAUGGUGAUGGUGGCGACAAUGAAACGGAUGGUGGGAAAGUUCUUUUAAGUGAUUGUGUGGAUAAUGUAGCAUUUGUAAUGAAUGCUGAACAUGCCGAUGACAAUAAUGUGAGAAAAAUGUCAACAUCAGAAAGAUCAUGCAGCGAUCACGAAGUAAUGGAAGAAGAAUAUUUUGAAACCUCUACGAAACUAACACCCAACAUAGAUCGCUGUUCUUUGAACAGCAAGUCGUAUUACGCUCAAAUUUCCCGACCAAGUGCAAAUGGCAGCACGGAUAGAAUAGAAUAUCAGCAACAACGUUCAUGCUCAACGCCACCCUUACAAGAGCAAACGGAAAAUUCUUCUUCUAAUAGUAACGAUACCACCAAUUCCUCAUUGAUUAUGAUGGCACAAUUUAAAACACCCACACCAAGUGAACAAUAUCAAAAUGCCAUAAAAAAUAAAAUGCAACAAAAACAACAACAGCCCCAACAACCCCAUAAACAUACACCUAAACCGAAUCUUUUGCAUAUCGCUUGUAAUUUCAAUAAGAAUGAAGAACAGCCACAGAAAAAUAGCAAACAGAAUGAUAAUAAUACGCCCACUACUCACAAUCCAUUAUUGUUAAGACGUAGUUUACCUAAAGUAAAUCUAACACCCAUAUUUUGUAAUCCCAACUCAAUGUUGGUGGUAUCUUCCUCACCCAUUCCCAUAGGUAAUGGGGUGUGUAAUGGUUCGGGGAAUUCUAUGAAAACAAAGUCGGCAGAUAUUAAUAUUACAGAAGCUUCACCAACAUUUUCAUUUGAAUCACCUUCAAGUCCAGCAACUCCAUCACUGACGGUACAAAAAUCCAACUCAGCACCCACCCUACCAAAUUCUCCCUCUCUUUCGCCACGUUUUAUUAAAGCUUCCGCCAUAUAUAAAAGAAGAUCUCGUCACUUGUCCGAUCGUUCGGAUCGUUCUUCUUUGGGUUCAGAUGAACAAUUUUCCGAUGAGGAUAUUGAUUCUGGUAUGUAUAGUCCUUUUGCCACUUCACCGGUCAAGUUGAGAACACGUUUGGCGGCUGUAUUUGGUCGUAAACCUUUGUUGGGCAAUUUAGAGGAAUGUCUGUUGCAACGACGUUUGGUGCCUAAAAUUGAAGUAAUGGGUUUUAAAUUGCUAUUGGGUGCCUCGGGCGGUUUUUGUCCCACUCAAUUAACCAUACCAGCGGCUGCCUAUUUUUAUGAACUUAAAGGUGAAACCUUAAGUACUCCCUAUCUGUGUGAAAUACGUUUGCCACGUAAAGGUUAUACGGUGCCACGUUGCGGUACUGUUCAAGCUACUUUGUUAAAUCCCAUGGGUACAGUGGUACGCAUGUUUGUUAUACCCUAUGAUAUGCGUGACAUGCCCAGUUUACAUCAAACCUUUAUACGUCAGCGUAUUUUAGCAGAUUCAGGUAUGGAAAGCAAUAAUGUUUCUAAGUCAAAUGAUGGGGACCAGCAUUUUAAUGUUAAUGAGGAAAAUACUAACAUGUAUGUUAACAACAAGCAACAGCAGCCAGAAAAGCCUCAAUCUAUGGAACAACCACAGCAGGGGCAGCAACAGCAACAACAACAACGUUCACCUCUAAGUAACAACGAACAUCAUUUAGGACACUUUAUAUCAGCUGAGAAUAUGAAAAGUCUAAGAUAUUCCAUACAUUUGAGAUUCCAAACAUCACGGUCCGGCCGUUUAAUGUUACACACCGACAUCCGGUUACUGAUAUCCAGACGCACCGAUUGUGAUACUGCUGCAGCUCAUGCCAAAGGCGUAUUGGAAGCACCAAAUGAACUUAUUACAAAUACUGUGAUGCCCACAAAUCCCAAAUAUAGUGCACGUCAAGAUCAAACCAGUAGUAAAAUUUAGUAGUUAUUAAAAGCUGCAUGUGUGCCAGUCGAUAUGUUUCAACAGCUGCAACAAAAACUACAACAACGCUGGCAAAGAAUAUGGGUCUAAUUAAACAAAACAAAAAAAAAAACAAAUACCUUCAUAGUAUAAUAGUAAUUGAGAAAAAAAAUGCAUAAUGAAGUUUAUGCUUAUGUUAGCAAAAGAUUCUUUAUGAAAUUUAAAAUUUUUUUCAAAAAAUGUUUUCUCAUUUUCCAUUUCCACACACCCACACUGAAACACGCCUGUUUUAUCUAUGUCACCAAAAUGCCUUUUUUUUAAUUAUAAUUUUUUUUUAUUAUUUAAAUGAUCUGUAUUUUUUUAUAUUUUUUUUAGUUAUUAUAAAUUGUUUUAUGUAUAUAUAAUAUAUUUUGUUAUGUA